AUGUUGUCGAACAUUGGGCGUGCAGCUAUCAAGAGAAUUGGCGGAUCUCACUUGUCAACAGACCGAUUUCUUGCUACCAUUUGGCAAUUGCAACGCGUUGAACAUGGCGAAUCCACCUUGAAAGCUCCCUCGGCAUCUUUCCUGGCGCGUCGAUUUUAUGCUACUGUGGUCAAAGUCAUCCAAGCCAAACCCACCACAGCAAAGAAACCAGCUACUAAAACGGCCCCUGCGAAGAAACCCGUUGCUAAAAAAUCUGCCGCUGCAAAGCCUGCAACAAAAGCUGCGAAGAAGCCAGUCAAGAAGCCAGUCAAGAAGCUAGUCAAGAAACCAGUCAAGAAAUUAUUCAAGAAGCCAGUAAAGAAGGUUAAGGCUAAGGCGAAGCCAAAGAAGAAGGUAGCAAAGAAGGUGAUCUUGACCGAUUCACAAAAGUUGAGGAACAAGUUGAGAAUACUUAGAGUUAGGGCGUUGCUUUCGGAAGGUUUGGCACUUCCAAAAGGAAAGUCCGAAAACGCUUUUCAAGUAUUGUUUCAGGAGAAGGCCAUUGGUACUGGAGAUGUCACCCGAACGGCGAAGGAAGUCGCAGCUCAAUACAAAUCGGCUUCGCCAGCAGAAUUAGAGAGACUCAAUCGCAUCGCGAAUGAGAACAAGGCUGCCAAUGCAAUCGUCUACAAGAACUGGGUCAAGAGUCAUACUCCCGACGUGAUUCGCCUGGCCAAUAUAGCACGUAGACACAUUCGAAAAUUGAUCAAAAAACCCGCUACUCCAAGAUUCAUUAGAGAUGAUCGAACAGUGAAGGGCCCUUCGCCAGCUAUAGCAACAUACGUCAGAGAUCGAUAUGCAACUGGUGAAUAUGUUGGUAUCAAGGCUUCUGAAUCCCUGAAGCAAAUAGCACUCGAGUACAAAGAGUUGUCGCCUGAGCAGCGCAAGCCUUACACUGAUGGCGCUGCUGCAGAUUCCGCACGAUAUAUGCAAGAGUACAAAACAGUUUACAAGCGUGACUCCGCCGUUGCUCGCAAAGCUCAAGCAGCACAGACAUCGUCCAGUGCUUGA